AUGGAUUCAUUACAACGACGUCAUUUAAUUCAUGUUUUUUUAUUUUUAACUUUUGUAUUUAUUUUCGAAAUACUUGCUUGUCGAGUCAAUUUUUCUUCUGGAUCGACAUUUGAAACCGAAACGGAUGAUGAAAUUAAAGCGAUUGAAGUUUACGGUUUACCACUGACAAUUAUUUUAUACUUUCUUAGAUUAUUAGCACUAUUACCAUUACCAGUAAUUAUUUGUCAUACAUUUGGCCUAUUAGUAUUUAACGUAUUCAAGGAAAAACCCGAAUUACUUUAUUCUCAAUUAGUUUCACCAGGGAUUUGUAUUCGUGUUGUUACAAGAGGUGAUUUUCCGGAAUUAGUACGUCAAAAUGUUGCACGAAAUAUUCAAACUUGUGAUCGUGUUGGUCUGCUGAAAUUUAUGCUUGAAGUUGUGACUGAUAAGCCAAUGCAAUUGGAUACUGACCCACGUGUACAUCAAACCGUAGUGCCAGAAAAAUAUACAACAUCCACAGGUGCUAUGUACAAAUCGAGGGCAUUACAAUACGCAUUAGAAACAACGUUACUCAAUUCAUCAGACUGGAUUGUCCAUUUAGAUGAAGAAACAUUGUUAACUGAUAAUUGUCUUUAUGGUAUAUUGAAUUUCGUUAAUGAUGGACAAUAUCAAAUUGGUCAAGGAUUGAUCACCUAUGGCAAUGAAAAUAUCGUUAAUUUAGUUACAACAUUAGCCGAUAGUAUUCGUGUUGGUACUGAUCUGGGAUUAUUACGAUUUUGUUUAAAAGUAUUACACGCUCCAUUGUUCCUGUUUAAAGGUUCGUUCGUUGUAUGCCAAGCAGGUUGUGAAAAACACGUUACAUUUGAUUUUGGACUACGAGGAUCUAUAGCGGAAGAUAUGUAUUUUGCCAUGGAAGCAAUGUCAAAAGGAUAUCGAUUUGGUUGGAUAGAAGGUGAAAUGUGGGAAAAAUCUCCGUUUACAUUUUGGGAUUUUAUUCAGCAACGGAGACGUUGGAUUCAAGGCAUUAUUCUUAUUGUUCACGAUAAAAAAUUACCAUUCAGUGUAAGAUUUUGUUUAGGAAUUGGAUUAUAUGCAUGGCUCACUGUACCACUAACAACAUCCAACAUUUUUCUAACACCAUUAUGUCCCAUAGCUCUUCAUCCGAUUAUUAAACUUUUAGUGGGAUAUAUUGGAGCAGUGACUAUUUAUUUGUAUUUACUUGGUGCCGUACGAUCUUUUAGUAUGGCACGUCUAGGUUAUUUUCAGUUUAUUCUGCGUGUGAUAGGUGCGGCAGGAACAAUACCUUUAGUGGCAGUCUUUGAAUGUAUUGCGAUUAUUUGGGGUAUUGUAACACCCAAAAAUAAAUUUUAUGUUGUUAAUAAGCAAAUAGCGCAAAUUUUAGUCUGA